CAUAAAUAUUAGAAGUGGAAGAUUGUUGUCAGUGGAUAAAAUUGGAGAUGUAAAAAUUUAAGUGUAUAAUAAUUAAACUAUCUUCAAGAAUCGCCUAAAAAUGACAAGGGGCAGUGCUAGAAUAAGAGAUGGAGAGUACACUAAAGCUGUGUAUACAAUGAUAAAAGAAAGUCAGUUCAAGGAGGCAAUUGAAGUUCUGAAUGAUCAGCAUCAGAGUAAUCCAAGUUCAAGAGCAGCUCUCUCGUUGUUGGCUUACUGUUACUACUUCACCCAAGAUUUUGUGAAUGCAGCUAACUGCUAUGAACAAUUGACAUUGAUUUGUCCAGACAUAGAUGAGUACAAGUUGUAUUAUGCUCAAUCUUUGUACCAAGCUUGUCUUUAUGAGGAAGCUAUGAAAGUUACUGUGCAAAUAGAAAAUCAAGAGUAUCAGUCAGAGAUUAUUAAACUACAGGCAGCUAUUAAAUAUGGAGAAGAAGACUUAAGUGCAGCAAAGAGCCUUGUUGACCAAGCUCCUCCAGAUGAUCCUGAUACAGAAGUUAAUCUUGGUUGUUUGCUGUACAAGGAGGGAAGGUUUGAAGAAGCAUGCACUAAAUUUACAAGUGCAAUGCAGGUAGAAGGUUAUAAGCCAGAUUUGUCCUACAACAUAGCUUUAUGCCACUACAGCAUGAAGCAGUUUGCUCCUGCUCUUAAGCAUAUUGCAGACAUCAUUGAAAGAGGAAUCCGUGAACAUCCAGAAUUAAGUGUUGGAAUGACAACAGAAGGUAUUGAAGUAAGAAGUGUUGGAAACACCAUUACUCUUCAUGAAACUGCUCUAAUUGAGGCAUUUAACCUAAAAGCUGCUAUUGAAUAUCAGCUGAAAAAUUAUGAUGCAGCAAGAGAAGCUCUUACAGAUAUGCCACCUCGUUCUGAAGAAGAACUUGAUGCUGUCACUCUCCACAAUCAAGCACUAAUGAACAUGGAAACCCAUCCCACUGAGGGGUUUGAGAAACUGCAAUUCUUGAUUCAGCAAAAUCCUUUCCCUCCAGAAACUUUUGGAAAUCUGCUUUUGCUGUACUGUAAAUUUGAGUACUAUGACCUUGCAGCAGAUGUUCUAGCUGAAAAUGCUCACUUGACUUACAAAUAUUUGACUCCUUACCUGUAUGAUUUUUUGGAUGCACUGAUAACCCAGCAGACCUCUCCUGAGGAAGCAUACCGGAAGUUUGAUGAGAUGGCAGCUCGCCACACAGAGUCUCUCAGGAAGUUAACCAAACUUGUACAAGAGGCUCGUCAAAACAAUGAAGAUGAACAAGUCAAGAAGGCAGUUAACGAUUUUGAAGAAGCUCUAGAGAAGUAUAUACCAGUACUAAUGGCCCAAGCCAAAGUUUACUGGGACAUGGAGAACUACCCCCAAGUGGAGAAAAUCUUUCGAAAGUCAGUAGAGUUUUGUAAUGAACAUGAUACUUGGAAACUUAACGUUGCUCAUGUCUUAUUUAUGCAGGAAAACAAGUUUAAAGAAGCAACAGGUUUCUAUGAACCAAUUGUUAAAAAGCAUUAUGAUCAUAUUUUGAAUGUCAGUGCUAUUGUGCUUGCAAACUUAUGUGUCUCCUACAUCAUGACUAGUCAGAAUGAAGAGGCUGAAGAGUUAAUGAGAAAGAUUGAAAAAGAGGAAGAACAAUUAGCUUAUGAAGAUUCUAACAAGAAAAUAUUUCACCUAUGUAUCGUAAACUUGGUCAUAGGAACCCUCUAUUGUGCAAAAGGUAACUAUGACUUUGGAAUCUCACGAGUUAUCAAGAGCUUGGAGCCAUACAGUAAGAAACUUGGUACUGAUACUUGGUUUUAUGCCAAGAGGUGUUUCCUAUCAUUGUUAGAGAAUCUUGCAAAGCAAGUAAUUAUGAUCCGUGAUACUGUCCUGUAUGAUGCACUCCAGUUCCUUACUCAGUGUGAAAGUUAUGGUCGAAAUGUGAAAGCUGUGAUAGAACAACCAUUAGAAGAAACGCCACUUCAUCCUGGAAAGAAUACUGUCACCUAUGAAGCUCGCCUGCUUAAGGCAUUGCUACUAGAAAUUAUGAAUAAUUGAAUCAAAUUUCGUAUUUAUUUGUAGUAUUGACACUUGACGCCAUCUAUUUACAUAGUUUGGAACAUUAAUACAAAUACUUAAAUUAAAAGAGCAUUGUUCAUAUGUGAAAAAAUAUCUUCAUUUUAGUUGAUCAUUGUUCUUUCCACUAUUAUGUAAAUUUAAAUGUUUUAUGGGAGUCUAUCAUUUUGGUUACAUUGAAGUCAUGCAUUCAAGUUACACAGCUGACAUACCAUUUAGUAAUCUUACCAACAACAUUUGUGCUUCAUCUAACUUUUACAUGGCCUUCACAUCUGUAAUAGUCAAGAGAAGUAUGCGAAACAUUAAGUGGCCAUCUCAGACAUAUCAAAUAAUACUUUAAAUGAAACAACUUAUAAGCUUUCAAAACCUUUUUUAAAAUGUACUUUUGUGAACACAUGAACAGUGUAAAUGACUAGGGAAACAGUUUAUGGGAGGUUAUUAUUAAACAAAAAGGUAUAUCUGGCAGUUAUUCUUACUUAGUGUAAACACAAAUUAAAGAAGUGCAAUGAACAAGUUCCUGUACAUGUGCUUGUUUCUGUGAUAUCUUUUGUCAAAUGUUUAUCAUGCCAUCACUAGACUAGCAAAGAAAUUAUGAGCAUAGUCACCAUGAACAGUGGAUUGACAUAAAAAUUACCUCAAUUUCUAUCAUCUAUGCAUAGAAAUAUAUAUCAGUGUAUUUUCAGGCUAAAUCAUUCCUAUAUUAAAGAGAAAAAGUAAAUAAAAAUAUGAUAUUCUAUAAUUAUUUCACAUUUCCUUAGAAUAUUUUCUCAUUUUUGUGAUAUGCAAUUUGGUUUAUCAAUAAACCUAAAGAAAACAAGUUUACUAUUACUUAAAGUGAUACAUUCAGAGUGUUUGUUCAGUGCACCCAAAUUGUCAUAUGUCUUAUGACACUAUGAUAGAUUUAACUCUAUUCACAAAAGCUAAACUGUUGAUAAUUUGACCUCCCAUUUUUUCAACCCUCUGCUAACAAUUGUUUUGAACUUAUAUUUGUAAUAUUUGUACUUCUAAAAGUGAACUUCCUAGUGCUGUGACUUUACUAUUUGCUUUUCACUGGGUGAUGAAAUUCCAUUUUUUUAACGGUUUACAUACUCUUUCCAUUAGUUUUACCUAAUUUUUAUAGAUAUGUUUUAUUUACUUAUUUAAAAUCUUUUUUUUUUUCCAACUAAUAAUUUGGGGUAAUUUUAUGUUAUCUGUAGAAAAAAAUGAUUAUGAAAAAUAGGUGUUCAUAUCUAGUAGUUAAUUUUACUUAAUUAUAAACACAAAUUGCAACAAGUAAUUACUUUUAAUUUACCAUGGAACUGAUGUUUUUUGAGUUAUUGUCAGUUGUUCACUUUUUUUUUCAUCAACUUUGAUAUGCAAGUAAAUUAAAAACUUUGAAACAUUUUAUUUCUAGUCUUUUUACCUUAUUUGUAUGAACAAGAGUUCUACUUGUGAUAUUUGAAUUAAA